AUGUUAUAUAACCCAAACUGUAAGAUCGCCGCGGUUUGAUUUCCCUGCUCGCAGAUGAGGAGUGAAUGGGUUUAGUGUAGCGUGUAACACCUGAAUCAGUCCUCAGAGCCUCGGUGUUGUGGCUUGUGACGGGUGUGGCACUCAUGGACCAGAAGAUUCCCUACGAUGACUAUCAGCUCCCGGUGGUCUUCCUGCCUUCAUAUGAAAACCCCCCAGCAUGGAUACCCCCACAGGAGCGGAUCCACCACCACGACUACAACAACGAGCUGUCGCAGUUUCUGCCGCGGACCAUCGUCCUGAAGAAGCCUCCGGGGGCGCAGCUGGGCUUCAACAUCCGCGGGGGGAAAGCCUCCCAGCUGGGCAUCUUCAUCUCCAAGGUGGUGCCCGACUCGGAUGCCCACAGGGCGGGGCUGCAGGAGGGGGACCAGGUGCUGUGUGUGAACGACGUCGACUUUCAGGACAUCGAGCACUCGAGGGCUGUGGAGAUUCUGAAAACUGCCAGAGAGAUCCUGAUGAGGGUGCGCUUCUUCCCCUACAAUUACCAGCGACAGAGGGAGAGGACUGUGCACUAGGUGGCAGCAGUGCACUGCACCUGUUGGACACACUGGAGCAUCUGGAGGAAAGGAAGUGUGUCAGUUUUGCUGGUUCUUCCCUCUGUUUCAGCACAGGGGUCAGCACACCUGGCGCAGGGCCCCCUGGGUAGCUAACCGGUCUCUUUAAAUGGUUUCAGAGUCACUGAGGCAACACCAGUCUUUUAUUAUUAAUAACAUAAUCAGAUGCUUUUAUCCCAAGUAUACUAACUCGUACAGCCGGUUUUUAACUGGAGCAAUUUGAGUGCAUUGCCUUGCUCAAAGGUACAACAGUAGUAUCCUGCCUAGGAUUUGAACCUCCCCCCAGAACAGGCCUGGUGCUUUAAACAGUCUGCCACACUCUUGACUAGAGCUGUGACUCUGAAGUCAGUAGGGGCACUAAGAAAAUGUACAUAUUAUUACUGUACUGGCAAAGAAUGGAGAUUGUAGAGUGUUCUCAGGUCAGUCUGAGACUGAAGUUGUACUAUGAUGAUAGGAAAUCCAGAAAAGUCUUUAUUAAACAUGUUAUUCCAGGUUUAAUUUGAAA